AUGACGCCUCACGCCUCGGAUGACGUGACGGCACCCGGUCAAAUGGACCGGAACACAGGCCGAGGCGCAUUAACACCUACUCAGGCUGGGCUCUUCAUGCCACGCCAAACCAAUGUCAGACGCAACCAGCCUGCCCCCUGCAAGCGGGCACAUCAGGAAAUAUCACCCCAUUCCGACUACGGCUUCCUCAUCUUGAGGUUUGAGGUUGAGGGCAUGCAGGUGCUGCACAGGGGCGAAUGGAUCACCGUCGACCCUCCUCGAGUUCCUUCGUCGUCGACGUCGGCGAUCACCUGUAGAUAUUUAGCAACGGGAGGUACGAGAGUGAGCCGCACCUCCAACCCUCGGCUGUCGGUGGCGUCUCUCCACAGCCUCUCCCUCGAGAGCGUGGUCCGCCCGUCGCCGGAGCUGGUCGACGAGGGACCAUCCGAGGCUGUACAAGGACACCGACCUCGCUGCCUUCCUCGACUACAUCUCCACCUGUGA